AUGACGUUUUCAAGCGGAUCUAUCAGUUGGAGGAGAAAAGUUCAGACAGAUAUUCAAGGUGUUAUAUCUAAGAUCAAUCCAGAAGUUCUGAAAACUGUGAUAGCAAAUGGCUCCUUUAGUCUUAAUAAAUCGGUUUCUGUUCCUUGUACGCCAAAGGAAGAUCCUACUGUCUUUCCUCCAUUGCCACUUCAUGAUUUCAACCUUAGGCAAAGUUGUGAGCCUAAAAGAAGCGCCGAAACUGCUCCCAUGACUAUUUUCUACAAUGGGAUGGUCGCUGUUGUUGAUGUUUCUCCACAUAAGGCUCAGGACAUUCUCCUACUUGCUGAGGAAGGAAUCCAAAAACCUGCUGAAUCCUCGGAUUCUAAAGUAACGGGCACUUCAUCUGACCAAAGGAAUAUAUUGGGAACGCUGAAUGGAGACUUUCCUAUAGCAAGGAGGAAGUCUUUGCAGAGGUUUCUAGUGAAGAGAAAAGAGAGGUCAAAGGUGUUGGAACCAUACGGAUGUUCAAACAAGCGCUAA